AUGCCACCAAAAGGCAACGGAGUUUCGGGCCCAGUCGCACAAAGCGUCCCUCCGACGGACAUGAGCGACCAGAUCGAAAGAAUGUGUCGUCUAUUGGAGGCGAGCCAGCAGCGGUCCGACAAGGCAAUCAAGACAUUAACCGAAGCCCAAGCUAGGCUCGAAGUUGAGAUUGCUGAGCUGCGCAGGUCCGCUGACACGACUCGCAACACCCAAGCCCACGAGAAUCUUGAUUCUAACAGAUCUGACGUUCUAGUCGAUCGUGUUAAUUCCCCACAUCAAAACAUGAACCCAGGUAACGGGCGAUCCCAAGGCAUCUCGCCAUCCUCCGGGGCCGAAGAGCGACAAGCCCCAACCUCUGACAUGCAUGGGCGGGCAGAAGCAGAACCCACGGGACCCGUCCAGCCAGCAGCCAAAGUCCGGCCCCAACACACCACACCUCAAGUCGCUCACGAUUCUCCCUCUGAAGGUCGCGUUCCCUCGAUCCGUUUAUUGGACAGCUGGAAAGAAGACAUGAUGAGGGGAAUGAUGCAGAAGUUCUCAGAUGGGCGAUCCGCCUACGCCACCGAACAUUUGGAUCUUGUAUCAAGAACCACUGAAAAGUCGCCUUUCUCAGAAUGGAUUCUGAAUGAGCCAAAGCCUCGGGACUUCGUCAUCCCUUCCCUGCCUGCGUUCAAUGGAAAGGGAGACCCUCUGAACCACCUAUUUCAAUUUCAACAAAAGAUGGCAUUAGAAGCUAAUAACGAAGCCAUACAAUGCAAAGUCUUUUCCACGACUUUCUCCGGGCCGGCUCUGUUAUGGUUCCGACAAUUAAAGCCCGGGUCACUCAACAGUUUUAGCGAUCUCCGACGGUCCUUCUUACAGCAGUACAACGCAAACCAAGAGGCGCCCAGAACAAUGGCCGAUCUCUAUCGAAUUGAACAGGGGGAGAAUGAACAUCCAAAGGCAUACUUAUAG